AUGGCUAGGGCAAGAGAAGUUCUUGGUUCGGUUUGCACGAUUCAGGGACUCUCAGUCAAAACUACCACCGCCAUUGAAUUCGCAAGGUUAGUGAAAGUGGUUGUGAACUUUAAUUUAACUGAUUAUGAAAUUGAUUUCGUGAAUAUGGAAGAACUGAUAGUGAAAUGUGAAUAUGGAGUAUGGAUUAUAGUUUGUGUCUACUAUAAUAUAAUCAUGGAAAUUAAUAGUGAUAGUGAGGUUAAUGCUAGGCAAGUUAAGGCAACUCCACCUGUACCAUUAUUUUCUCCGUCUAAUGUAAUUGACCUUGAUGACAUUGAGAUUAACCAAGAAGAGUCUUCCGAACCAACUACCAAAAAACAAAAGGCCUUUACGUCUGAAGUGUGGAAACAUUUUUUAAAGGUUGGGGUUGUGGAUGGUAAAGAGAAAUGUAAAUGUAAGGGUUGUGGAAGAUUCUUGAGUUGUGCUGCUACUAAUGGAACUUCUCAUUUGACUCGUCAUGUUAACAGUUGUAGGCUUAUUCCAAAAUUUCAUGAUGUGGGUGAUAUGAUACUUGAUGCUGAAGGAAGAUUGAGAAAGAAAAAGUUUGAUCCUAAGGUUAAUCGUGAUAUCUUGGUUGAAAUGAUAAUUACACACAAUCUACCUUUUAACUUUGUUGAGUAUAGUGUUUUUAGGAAAUAUCAAAAAUGGUUGAAUGAUGAUUGUACCUUUGUUACUAGAAAUACUGUGUCACGCGAUCUUAUGAAAUGUUAUGAGGAAGAGAAACAAAAGCUUAAGUUACAAUUGACUCAAAUUAAAGGGAGAGUUUGUUUGACUUCUGAUUGUUGGACUGCAUGCACUAAUGAGGGUUAUAUUUCUUUAACUGCUCAUUAUAUUGAUGGGAAUUGGAAGUUGCAAAAUAAGAUUUUAGCAUUUGAUCACAUGACACCUCCACAUACCGGUCGAGAAUUAGCCUUGAAGGUGUUGGAAAUGUUAAGUGAUUGGGGUAUAGAGAAGAAAGUUUUUUCCAUCCCUUUGGACAAUGCCUUUGCAAAUGAUAGCAUGCAAAGAUUCUUGAAAGAACACUUAGAAUUAUCAAAUAGCUUGUUAUUUAAGGGAAAGUUCUUUCAUAUUCGUUGUUGCGCGCAUAUUUUGAAUCUCAUUGUUCAAGAUGGAUUGAAGGUAGUUGGUGAUGCAUUGCAUAAAAUUAGACAAAGUGUGGCUUAUGUAAAGGUAACCGAAAGUAGAACACUACAAUUUCAUGAAUGUGUUAGUAAUGUUGGUGAGAUUGAUACUACAAUUGGAUUAAGAUCGGAUUGUGUUACUAGAUGGAACUCCACUUUUAUAAUGUUCAAUAGUGCGAUCAAUUAUCGUCGUGCCUUUUAUAGCUUGAGUUUGCGAGAUUCAAAUUUCAAGUGUUGUCCUUCAAGUGAAGAGUGGGCAAGAUCCGAAAUAAUGUGUGAUCUUUUGAAGCCAUUCUACAACAUUACUAACUUGAUCUCCGGUUCUUCUUAUCCUACUUCUAAUUUGUACUUUGGGGAAAUAUGGAAGAUUGAGUGUCUUUUGAAUUCCUAUUUGAUAAGUAAAGAUUCUUUGAUUCAAGACAUGGCUAAAAAAAUGAGGGAAAAGUUUGACAAGUAUUGGAGUGAGUAUAAUAUUAUCUUGGCUUUUGGUGUUAUUCUUGAUCCAACAAAAAAAUUCAACUUUUUGAAUUUUGCAUAUACAAAAAUUGAUGAGAACACUAGUGUAGCCAAGUGCAAAAAGAUUAAAGGUGAGUUGUACGAGCUUUAUGCGGAAUAUGUCAAACACGGGAAUUCUCCUAAUCAUAGCUUUUCACAAGUGGUACCUACUUUUGGAGGAGUAAAGGAUUCUUUGGCAUCCUCGUUAUAUAUUUGUGAAGAAUUUGAAGAGCAUGAGAGUCAAGCAAGUAACAAUACUGGAAAAUCUGAACUUGAUGCUUAUUUAGAUGAACAAAGGUUGCCUCCAUCGGUUGGUUUUGAUAUCUUGGCUUAUUGGAGAGAAAAGAGUCGUAGAUGUCCCAAUCUAGCAAGAAUGGCUUGUGAUAUAUUGAGCAUUCCAAUAACUACAGUGGCUUCUGAAUCCGCUUUUAGUAUUGGCUCUCGAGUUUUAAACAAGUAUAGAAGUUCAAUGAAAGAGGAAUCCGUUCAAGCUCUCAUGUGCACACGAAGUUGGUUACAUGGUUUUGAAGAAUUUGAUAAUGACAUUAAUGUUAUUCAAGAUGUUGAAUUUGGAAGUGGACAAGCAUCCAACACAUUUGAGCAUUCAAAUGCCGUUGAAGAAAACUCAAGUGACAUUGCGAGUCGAGUCAAAAUUUGA